AUGGAAGGUCAUUGUUUUGACCGAUUCGGAGAGGGAGACAGAGAAAACUACCAGAUUGACUACAGGAGGAUCGUUGGAGACACAGAGCCGGCACGGCCCCGGGUCAUGAGCCGGGAAGGGGAGCAGGCACCUCAGGCCUAUGGGGCCUUCAGUCACCCCCCUGCACACAGCCACGGUCACGAGACAGCCGCGCAGAGAUACAGCGCCACGCGGAUCCAGGCCGGAUACGAGCCAGAGAGUAUGGCAGAUUACCUGAUCAGCGGAGGCACUGGCUACGUCCCAGAAGACGGCCUGACAGCACAGCAACUGUUUUCUAUUGGAGAUGGCCUCACGUACAAUGACUUCCUCAUCCUCCCUGGGUUUAUAGACUUUACUUCAGAUGAGGUGGAUCUCACCUCAGCAUUAACAAGGAAGAUCACCUUGAAGACCCCCCUGAUCUCCUCUCCUAUGGACACAGUGACAGAAUCCUCUAUGGCCAUCGCCAUGGCAUUAAUGGGGGGAAUAGGAAUUAUCCAUCACAACUGCACUGCUGAGUUUCAAGCCAAUGAAGUGCGAAGAGUUAAGAAAUUUGAGCAGGGCUUUAUCACAGACCCUGUAGUGAUGAGUCCACACCACACUGUCGGGGACGUAUUUGAGGCCAAGAUCCGACAUGGCUUCUCUGGGAUCCCUAUCACUGAGACCGGGAAGAUGGGUAGCAAGCUGGUCGGUAUCGUUACAUCCAGAGACAUAGACUUUCUGUCUGAGAAAGACCACGACAGACCUCUAGCAGAAGCAAUGACCAAAAGAGAAGAUUUAGUAGUUGCACCAGCUGGAGUGACACUAAAAGAAGCCAAUGACAUUCUGCAGCGUAGCAAAAAAGGAAAGCUGCCCAUCGUGAACGACAGUGAUGAGCUCGUGGCCAUCAUCGCUAGGACGGACUUGAAGAAGAACAGGGACUACCCGCUGGCCUCCAAAGACUCCCGGAAACAGCUGCUCUGCGGAGCGGCCAUCGGGACCAGGGAGGACGACAAGUACCGGCUGGACCUCCUCAUGCAGGCCGGGGUGGACGUGGUCGUGCUGGAUUCUUCACAGGGGAACUCAGUUUAUCAGAUUAAUAUGAUCAACUACAUCAAACAGAAAUACCCUGAGCUGCAGGUGGUGGGGGGAAAUGUGGUGACGGCUGCUCAGGCUAAAAACCUCAUUGACGCUGGAGUGGAUGCGCUCCGAGUGGGAAUGGGUUGUGGCUCCAUCUGCAUCACUCAGGAGGUUAUGGCAUGUGGCCGGCCCCAGGGAACCUCUGUGUACAAGGUGGCAGAAUACGCCCGGCGUUUUGGGGUGCCUGUGAUCGCAGACGGUGGGAUCCAGACGGUGGGACACGUGGUGAAAGCUUUGGCGCUGGGGGCAUCAACAGUCAUGAUGGGAUCCUUGCUCGCGGCGACCACUGAAGCUCCUGGAGAGUAUUUCUUUUCUGACGGCGUACGAUUGAAGAAAUACCGUGGGAUGGGCUCCUUGGACGCCAUGGAGAAAAACAACAGCCAGAAGCGUUAUUUCAGUGAAGGAGACAAGGUCAAAGUGGCUCAAGGUGUGUCCGGCUCAGUGCAAGAUAAAGGGUCCAUCCAUAAGUUUGUCCCCUACCUCAUCGCUGGUAUCCAGCACGGCUGCCAGGACAUAGGAGCCAAGAGUUUGUCAAUAUUACGGUCAAUGAUGUACUCUGGGGAGCUGAAGUUUGAGAAGAGGACCAUGUCGGCACAGAUGGAGGGCGGGGUCCACGGCCUUCACUCAUAUUCUUUUGUGCCAUUUACGAGAAGCGACUAUACUGAAAAAGGAAGGAGAGGAAGCACUGUGGUCGGCCCAAUUGUUCCGACGACGAUCACUGCACGCAAAAAAUGA